CGGGACAGAUCCUUUCCCAUUUUCCUUUCCUCUCAUACUAGCUACUUACACAAACCACUUUGUGUGUCCCCUCCUUUUCAAAAUGAAUUCCUACACAGCCCAACACGUAGUGGACCAGCCGCCAUGGAUAAAGUUCAUCCGCAUAGCCCAGGUCUCCCUCUCGGUGCUCAUUCUUGCACUGGCAGCUUUCGCCCUGAGCGCAAUCCCGUACGGGAAUACUUUCGGCACGUUCGGGUUCAACAUCUUCACCUGCAUGUUUACCCUCAUAGUAGGUGCUUACCUUCUCAUAACCCCCCUCAGGGCGCCAAAACUGUACAAUUGCUGGGCCGCUUUCGUCCUCGAGAUUUUCGGCGUGUUUUUCUGGCUAUCCCCUUUCGCGACGCAAGCGUCGUGGGCUUCGCUCGGACUGCUCACUGUCGACUACCUGGACAACAUAACCAAGGAGGCAGAGGAACGGUAUGCGAGGUACAGAGCUGGGUGGAGAUGUGCUGGGGCUGCGGCUGGUCUGGGAGGAAUUGUUUGGAUAUUAUUUAUGAUUACCCUGAUCACUUACUCCAUCUUCCUGCACCGUCAUAAAAAAAAACCGGGGAAAAAAAACUUGCCCGAAAAUGGCAGCCCUGCCAAGGAAGGUGGGGAGGGGGGAAUCCCGCGUCCUGGUGCGGCGGAGAUAAAAGGGCAUGAGAUGGGGAGUGUGCAUGUCGUGGCUGUGGGUGGGGAUUACCCGAGGCCUUAUCAGCAUUGAUUUCUAUCUUUAUAUUUUUCAUCUUCGUAGUGUCGUAGCUGGCUUGAUGUUGGCAGUUUGCAAGAGUAUUUUUUUUACGCGGGUGGUAUCACAAGUUAUUCACGAUAUUGGGAUGGGGGAUGGGGUUUUGGGAUCACAUAAACUUUA